GAGCCACCUCCCUUAUACUGACAAAAGUUGACAGAAGUAAACUGACAUUUGGAAAACAAAUUAUUGAAAUGUAUCCUUAAGCAACCUCAGUUUUUAUGUAGUAGUGUGUUGUAAUUAAACUUUUAGCAAUUAAAUGUACUUCUUAGAUAUGCAAAGAUCUGUAUGUGCAAUGUUAUGAUAUUACUCAUUUCUGGGGCCGACAAUUCCCUUGAAAAUUAGCAUGGCUCAACAGCACCGACAACCUUUUGAAAACCCUAUGUUUAGAGAAAUACACAAAAAUACCUGGCUUAAAAAGAUUUCACCCAGCAAUCCUAAAAAGAAAAGAGAGAAGCUAUGGGUUGUUUUCUGUGUGCAUGAUGACACUGAUGCCUAUUUAGAAACAUACAGUGACAACAAAGUAGCAGUUUUUCAUAAACCUGAAUGGUUUGUUUCAUUAAAUAGCGUCCAGCAUAUUUCCCCAACCAUAUGUGCCCAUGAGCAAGAUUAUGAGUUUGUUUUAACAUUAUCCUCAGAAGUUGUAAGAUUGGCAGCUCCUACUUGGGAACAGAUGCUCGACUGGGUUGAAGGCCUGAAGUCGAAACUUUCAGAGUUACGAAUAUUGAGUCCAAGAGAAAAUGUUUAUACCAAGUUGCCUGAGAAGCAGACAGCGUCUCUCUUACCAACUAGGGAUCCCAACUCUCCAUUGCCACCUCCACCUGCAGGCCCAACAGAGAUUUUACCAGGAGUCGAACGCUCUAAUAGUGAAAUAACCGCUAAUAGGCCCAGUGAAAGCAUAACAUAUCAAAGAAGAAGAUCUGAGUCUCAGAGCAGUGCAAUGUCAAGAAGAUCGAAUAAUAUCAAUGAACCUCAGAGUGCAGGAGCCAGUUCCAAUCGAGUAUUUAAUUUCGAUUCAUUUAAUUGCGCUAUUGAACCAACCACUUCAACUUCGAGCAAUAAUGUCCAUUAUGAGCACUUGUUUCAACCAGGUCCGUCCAAUAGAAAUAAUGACACAAGGCAACUUGUAAGAACUGAAGCAAGUGUAACCAAUAGACUGUUAGAAAGAUCGGCUAGUUGCUCGCCUCGAAUUUUACAACCAGCACCCCAACCCUAUAAGACUUUAAGAGAGCAGCAAGUGUUAAUGUUAGAGAAGGAAAUUAAGCAUCCAACAGGAGUGAAAGUGCAACUAAGGAAAAAAGACUGUAUUAGCUCAAUUGGAUUUGUUGAUGCGUUUGAUGCAGUCUGGAUUUGUGGCUGGAAGCAGAAGGAACACCCUAUGCUGUACAAUGCACUGCACAUAGGAGAUAGACUGAUUAAUAUUGACGGAAUUAAUGUAAAAUCAGCAGCGGAUGCACAUAGAAUUCUACAAUCUCAUUACUGUGGUCUUUAUGUUAAUAUAAUAGUAAGGCGGCUACCUCAUGGCAGAGUUUUUGUAAUACAUAGAGAGACUGAGGGUCAGUCUUUAGGAAUAAUUCAAGAAAAUAAUACGGCAGUUAUAGAGAGCAUUCAACCAAAUAGUUUGGCAGCUAGACACGGUUUAACUUCCAAAACCAAGUCGUGUGAUGGUACCAGUUUUACUAAUUGGGUACUUACUGAAAUAAAUGGGCGUCCAUUGAAUUUAUUUUUUAAGAAAAAUCAAAUUCGUGAUAGGCUUAAUUCUGUUGGUAGAGAUAUUUCAGUUUUAGUGCAGCCACUUGACUUGAUUAAGCAAUUAAAAAAGCAAAUGAAAAGUCUAAAAAACUAUAAGGACUAUAUUUUACAAUGAAGUUUGUAGAUACAAGCCUUUUAACUGUAGUAAGAAAGAUUACAAUAUACUCGACCGUCCUUCUAUAAUAGGUACUCAUUGUACCUAGUUGUAAUUAACGAAUUGAAAGAUUUAAGCAGUUAUCUGUGCAACAAUUUCUAUUCUAGUGUUUCGACAAUAGCUGCAACCUUAGCUCAAAAAGGGGUAAUUAUACUUUUUAUUUAGUAUUAAGUAGCUUAUAUUAGUUAAUUGACGAUAACCAGUAAGCAUAUCACUUUUGCAACGGUCAGAUUUACAUCUUUUACAUUGUAAACCUGCAUCAAAACUGGCUUCAAGUUUAAUAAAAUAAGUUACUUUACAAACUGGCAGCUAAAUUUCGUAACAGUAUUGCAAACAUUAAGUACCUCUUUAUGCUACGAGCAUAGAAAUUGUCGCUUCAUCUCAAGUUUGCCCUUCUAUAUUUGAAGCUUUUUAUAAUUUUAUUGUGGAUUACACAAUUUUUCGAGUUAAAUAGCAAGUCUGUCUUUUGUUGCUAACAUAUCUUUUUCAAAUCGCGUCAAAUGCGUGAAAAAGUCAAUAAAAAGUAAUUUCUAUGCUCAAAAGUGUAUUGUUUGAUUACGUGGGUAAGUUAUUAUUUUGGCACUUGUACGUGUUUAAUAAGUGUUUUGGUCUUGCCACUGUUACACACAGUACUUGUAAGUACAAACAUGUAAUAAAAAGUGUUAACUAUUUUUUUGUGAUGACUCAUUCUACAUUACUGAACUGCGAAUUCAUGCACGCUCAAGCAAUGUCUGAAGUAAAAAAUAAUCGAACGUUACUAUCUUUCAGCGGACUUUAUCAUUUCAAUGCAUAGUGCGGCGUAUCAUCGUGAAUAUCUAGUCAUUUUAAUCAGAAUAUCAAGUGAAUCGCAACUUGGGCGUGCAUGGAUAUGUACUUCUGAUAGAUCUUUAAACGAACACUCGACACAUUUACAGUGUGGAAAUAAUAGUUUUAAGAGCAUGGUAAUAAGAGUUAUGCAUUAGAUGUUGGUAGGGUUUUCAUUCAAAAUUAAGUGCAAUAUACAUGAAAGGAGAAUUUAUUGAUUGGAGCCUGAGUAAUAUACUGUGAUUAUUUUUAUACUCUAUAAUAAACGAAAAACAAUACAGAA